AUGAGGCUUGUCCUUUUGUUUCUGCUGUUUUCCGCAGUUCUCCUAGAAGCCAAGAAGAAAAACCAUGUCAAAGUAACCGUUGCCGAUGAUGUGCCAGUGCCGAAGAAACAUAGUGGAGCGACAAAAAGAGCAGCUGCUCCUGCCGUACGAGAACCAGAACCGGUCAAACAGGAUCACGAUAAUUCGAUCGAUGAUGUGGAUGAAGACAAGAUUGAUGAGAUUUUGCGUGAUGCCAGCAAGAAUUUGGUGAUAUUCUUCUACGAUGGCAGAGCCCAAUGUCCUUCAUGUGGAGACGCUUUGAACGAAAUCGAAGAAAUAGAUGAUGAUAUUGAAGCUAGUGGAUAUGUUCAGGUUGUCAAGACAGAUGAUCGUUCGGUUGCUCGUGAACUCGGUGUCACAACAUUCCCAUCGUUGGUGUACUACAGACGGAAACAUCCGAUCAUGUAUGAUGGAGACUUCAAAGACUCAGAUGCAAUUCUUAGAUGGAUUCGUGCUCACGAAGAAGUAGCAGCCUGGGAUUUAACUGAUGACAACUUUGAAGCAAAAACCGACUCACAUUCACCCGAUGAAGGUUCACUGGACUGGUUUGUUAUGUUCUAUGAUGCAGAUGAAGGAAGUUGCAAUUCGUUCAUUCCUAUGUGGGAAACUGUUGCUCAUAAGCUUCGUGGCUUAGUUCAUGUCGGCAAAAUUGAAACUUCGGUGAACGAUGAUGUCACUGAACGUUUCCAUAUUGAUGAGAAUGAAUGUCCGACCUUCUUAUUGUUCCAUCGUGGAAAGGUUUACCACUACAAAGCUUCUGCCAAAGACAUUCGCUCUUUAGUGAACUUUGCUUUAUUCAAGUUCAAGGAGCAACGUGGCCACAGAGUUCCCGUCCCACCAACAGCUAUUGAACAUAUCUAUGAAUAUACAAAAGAGAAGAUAGUUGAUUUGAUGGACGAUAAUCAAACCUUAUCAGUCAUCGCUGUUGGAGGCUUAAUAGUGAUUGUAGCCAUUACACUCGUGCUAAAGGCUCAGAAGAUCAGACAACAGGAAAAGAAAGCCGAAUAA